UUUCUGGUGAAUUCUCGGCCGGGCCUGAGGGGAGAGGGUCGGCGCGCCGAGUGUCCCGGUGGGGGUCCCGCACACGGGGCGCCCGACGCAGCCGAGGUUCUGCCUUCGGGGGAGGCCGACGCCCUCGCGGCCUGUGGCCGGUCCGUGGCUCCGGAAGCCCCUGCUGACCCUGGACUGGGUGGCGCCGCCGCCCCCCUCGGGCAGCCCCUCUGGGCAGCUGUGGGCCCCGAGCCCGGCUGGAGCGCAGAGGCGGGCUGAGCCCGAGAAGUUGGGGCUCUUCUGCAUCCCGUAGGGACCUUGCAGCCGCGGGCUGUCCGGCUGCAGGCGGGGGGCCCGGGGGCGGGGCCUGGGGGCUGCGCAGGGCGGGGCGGGGCCGGAGCGCCGUCUGUUUCCCGGCGGCGCGGCGGACAUGGACGUGUUCCAGAAGGUGGAGAAGAUCGGAGAGGGCACCUACGGGGUGGUGUAUAAGGCCAAGAACAAGGAGACGGGGCAGCUCGUGGCCCUGAAGAAGAUCCGGCUGGAUCUGGAGACGGAGGGGGUCCCGAGCACCGCCAUCAGGGAGAUCUCCCUGCUCAAAGAGCUUAAGCACCCCAACAUCGUCAGGCUGCUGGACGUGGUGCACAACGAGAAGAAGCUGUAUCUGGUCUUUGAGUUCCUCAGCCAGGACCUGAAGAAGUUCAUGGACUCCACCUCCGUCUCUGAGCUCCCCCUGCACUUGGUCAAGAGUUACCUCUUCCAGCUGCUGCAGGGGGUGAGCUUCUGCCACUCGCACCGGGUCAUCCACCGGGACCUGAAGCCCCAGAAUCUGCUCAUCAAUGAGCUGGGCGCUAUCAAACUAGCAGACUUCGGACUGGCCCGAGCCUUCGGGGUGCCACUACGCACCUACACCCACGAGGUGGUGACACUCUGGUAUCGUGCUCCCGAGAUCCUCUUGGGCAGCAAGUUCUAUUCAACAGCUGUCGACAUCUGGAGCAUCGGCUGCAUCUUUGCAGAGAUGAUGACCUGCAAAGCUCUGUUUCCUGGUGACUCUGAGAUUGACCAGCUCUUUCGCAUCUUUCGGACCCUGGGGACCCCCAGUGAAGCCAUGUGGCCGGGAGUCACCCAGCUGCCCGACUAUAAGGGAAGCUUUCCCAAGUGGACCAAGAAGGGGCUGGAGGACAUUGUGCCCAAUCUGGAUCCAGAGGGCAAGGACCUGCUCACGCAACUGCUGCAGUACGACCCCAGCCAGCGGAUCUCAGCCAAGGGUGCCCUUGCGCAUCCGUACUUCUUGUCCACCAAGACCCCCCCGGCCCCCCACCAGUGUGUGCUGGAGCGUUUUUGCCGCUGAGAGCGUGUGAGGCCACCACCCUCGAGCCUCCCCCCAGCUGCUUCCCUAGCCGCCUCCUCACCAGCUUUCCAAGAAAGAAAACACAUCUGGGGAGAGCGCAGAGCUCUAAGGAAUUUGGCAUCAGCCACCAGGGAGCUGAGUUUGGGUUAGUCCUGUUGACAAGUUAGCAAGUUCCUGUGUUGUUCGUUGGGUUCGAUGGUGCCGUUUCAAGAUGGGGGUACAGAAGCUCUGUGUAUGAAGGGUAUGUUGGAGGCGGUGUCUCCUGGCACUGGGGCAACAGGUCUCGGAGAGCAGAACACUGCCCAGCAGAGCCCGACUCUGUGGGAAAGGGUGCCCCCUGCUGGUCUCUUUGGGUUUAAAAUGUUUUGGAGAAAAGUUGAUUCUCAGAGUUAAAAGAGGGAGAGGAGACGUUUUCCUGUUUCCAGGAGAGGUGGGGUGUUUGUAGCUGUUCUAAGUAGCUGUCACCUAGGAUAUGCUCACAUUUGCUUGUCUCUGGCUUUAUGAACAGGAAAUAAAAGUGAUACAUUGA